CUUUGCGCAAGCCGUGUAGGAGGGGUGGACAGCAUGACUCUCGCCUCGCUUCUCCAGUACAUACUCAAUGUUCUUGGCGUCUGCGCCAUUGGGUAUCUCUGCUUUCUCGGCCUGCUCGCUAUUCCUUUCUUCCAGAACCAGGCCAUCUACCUCCACAGCGUGAAGCUCACUUGGUUCCAAGAUAUCAGCAUCGCCGAGCAAUGGGGCUUCCUCCGAAACCAGGUUACCCCCUUCAAGCUUAGGACGCCGGACGGGGUGACACUGUAUGCUUGGCAUAUACUCCCGCUCGAACUGUACCGUCGACACGAAGAGAAGCUUGUCCAAGAGCCCGACGGCGUUGCGGCCGAUAUAACGGACCGUGUCUCCUUCCAGCUUCUACGUGAUGACCCUGAGGCGCUCCUCGUGCUCUAUCUCCAUGGCGCGGCAGGCACACUUGGGUCGGGAUGGAGGCCGCCGAGCUACCGGGCCAUGUCCGCCGGUGCACCGGACAAGAUUCACACCGUCGCUAUCGACUAUCGCGGAUUCGGAUCUAGCAGCGGAUCCCCGUCCGAGCAAGGCCUCUUGACGGACGCCAUCACCCUUGCCGAAUGGGCAAUGCACGAAGCCCGAGUGCCGCCCUCGCGUAUCGUCGUAUUUGGCCAGUCUCUGGGAACCGCAGUAGGGAUUGCACUAGCGCAUCACUACGCCAUGAAACCCGACCCAUUGCUCUUCUCUGGCAUGGUCCUGGUUGCCCCUUUUGCCGACGUGGAGCUCCUGACUGCAACCUACCGCAUCGGUGGCAUCAUCCCAAUCCUUGGACCGCUCUCGCCUUUUCCUCGCCUCCUCGCCUUCUUCAACACCCUGAUCCUAAGCAAGUGGCCGAGCAAGGACAGGCUCGCGGCUUUUGUGCGAGAGUGCGAGAGCAUGUCUGGCAACGACCCCAAGUAUCACAUCACCAUCAUCCACGCUCAAGACGAUUACGAUAUUCCCUGGUCUCACAGUGAUCAGCUAUUCUGGAAUGCCGUCAGCGCGUCGCUGCCAGAGGGGAUCAGCUUUGUUGACCUGGAAGAAGAGAAAGCGCAGACGAAGAGGAUGCUCGGCCCAGCUGGUUGGGUAGCGGAGCAUCGGACUGCGAAGGGUCUCGCGAGGGAGGAGAUCGCCAAAUGGGGUUUACACGACAGGAUCAUGUCGUAUCCUAUUGUCAGCCUCGCUGUGUUGAGGGCCUUCAAGAACCGGAACAGUGAAUUGUCGAGUCAGUGAUAGAACAGAGCACAAAGGCUAAUUCGAGACAUUCAAAGAAAGACAUGCAGGAAAUGGGACGAAAUAGGAGACACGUGGCGAAUUCAAAAAUUAUAACGUGUUUGUCGCCAAUUACCCACCACGGUUGAAAGCAGC